UCUCUCCUUUUCCAUUAAUGCCAAUGGCAAAACUAAUUAGGAACAUCAUCAAAACUCUCUCCUUCUUCUUCUUUCUCCUCGCCGCAACCGCUCCUUCACUCUCCUCCGCCACCUCCGCUACAGACACCUUCGUCUUCGGCGGCUGCUCCCAGCAAAAAUUCUCUCCGGCGUCUGCUUAUGAGUCAAACCUCAACUCUCUUCUCACUUCUCUAGUUAACUCAGCCACAUACUCUUCCUACAACAACUUCACCAUCAUGGGCUCUUCCUCCACCGACACAGCCCGUGGCCUCUUCCAAUGCCGCGGCGACCUCUCCAUGCCGGACUGUGCCACGUGUGUGGUACGUGCCGUCUCUCAAGUAGGUCCUCUUUGCCCUUUCACUUGUGGUGGAGCCCUCCAACUAGCUGGCUGCUACAUCAAGUACGAUAACAUCAGCUUCCUUGGCCAAGAAGACAAGACCGUUGUCCUUAAGAAAUGUGGACCCUCUGAGGGUUAUAACACCGACGGUAUCAGCCGGAGGGACGCCGUUCUCACUGAGCUAGUCAACGGUGGAGGGUAUUUUCGAGCGGGAGGGUCCGGUGAUGUUCAAGGUAUGGGACAGUGUGUAGGAGAUCUAACGGUGUCAGAGUGCCAAGAUUGUUUAGGAACGGCCAUCGGACGGCUUAAGAAUGAUUGUGGCACGGCCGUCUUCGGAGACAUGUUCUUGGCUAAGUGUUACGCAAGAUAUUCCACUGAUGGUGCACAACACUAUGCCAAGUCUCAUAGUUAUAAAACAAACUACGGUGGAGAAAGGACAUUCGCGAUCAUCAUAGGACUACUAGCUGCGGUUGUUCUUCUAAUCAUCUUCCUUCUUUUCCUCAGAGGUGUUUGCAGUCGCGGAGGUAAAUAAAUGUCAAAGUUCUGAGGAUUCGCAAGAGCGUGGAUCUCAAAGAAGCAAAAAUUCCAGAUGAGAUGUAUAUCGCUUUGGAUUCUGUCAAAACUUUAUUUCUUUUUUAUUUUUCUACUUUUUCAGAUUAAUUUUAAUUAUUUUGUUUCGAUUGUUGUUACAUAAUACUUGUGAUAAUAAUUAUUUUAAAUGAAA